CUAUUUUGGUUCUGCGUGCUUCUGAAGUAUUUUAGUAACGGAGUCUAAAACAUCGACAUCAUAUUGCUAUCCCUGUUGUUAACGUCAGGGAGCAAAAGUGAUAGAGAAAUAAUUCAGCUAUUGGCAGUCGUGUUUAAAAUAAAAACAUUAUUCAAUAGUUGUAGUGAGAAUGUCACUAAAGGUUGGAGUGUCAGACUAACUGCCCGCGGAAACCAAAACACACAGUCGCCGGUAACUUCUCGAAUUUAAUAGUAUAAAAAUGAGUCUGAAAAUUGAAGCCGAAACAAAAGUUAGUUCUGAUCCCUGCGUAUUAGCAUAUGACGGAAACUUGUACAUUGGAACUGAAGAUGGCUAUAUCCAUUCCUUCGACGACAAACUGAGCCCCGUUGCAUCAUGGCCAGCGCACGCAGUACAACCGUUCGCCCUGGCAGCGGGCGGCGGCGCCGUCUACUCCAGCUCGAACGAUGGCAGCAUCAGAGUAUGGUCUGCGAAAGGAGAUAAGAUUACCGAAAUACCAGUGCCUGGCGCUGAUGUUAGCGUGCUACAUGUCUCUGGAAACGAGUUGUACACGGGCGAUGAAGCAGGGACUGUAAAAGUGUACGAGAAUAAUACUGAAAAAGCAAUGUACAACGUGUUAGAAGAAGUAAAAGAUCUCGCAUUGAGCGCACCAUUUUUGUUUACCGUUCGAGAUUUGGAUGUGACGGUUACUGAAAUCAAGCCAGAUGAAUCCAGAACUCGAUUUGUUACGCGGCAUACUAUGGAAGGUCGUGCUCCUUUGAGAGUAGCUGGUCCACAUCUUCUCUGCAUGGCGAGAGGGGGAAACAACCUUGCCCUACACGACUCGUCUGUGGCUACAGUCUUCAAAAAAAAGCAUGAAGUUAAGGUUAGUGAUAUGAUUGUAACAAGUCUGGCAGUCUCUGGUGACUAUGCUUGGACUGGAGGCUGGGAUGGCGUCUUACGACGAUGGAAAAUUACUACCGACCAGUUGGAAGAUUCUGGAUCAUUGGAACUUGGUGCUUGCAUCAAUGGGUUGGCAGCUUCACAAAACAGUGUGUUCGCUAUUGUGGCUGGAGGGAGGGUGGUGUGUGUAAAAGGAGCAUAGAUCAUUCAAUACCUCAUGAGUUUAUACGACUAUGUAUAAAUGUAUUUAAAUUUCCCUGUGACUUUUUGGCUGUCAAUAGAAUAUAGGUAUUUAGGCCAAGAAAGUUGAAUGUGAUAAUUUCAUGUGAGAAAAUAGGCUAGCAUAUCUUUGCAGAAACUUACUUAAGAUUGUAAAGUUGCAUUUAACAUUCAU